CCCAAAGUUAACAUGGUAAUCAGAGCCACCAAAUCCUAAUUUUUUUUUCUUCGCAUUAUCAUGACAUCCCCUGAAGCCUUAUCUGCUGGCAACCAAAACUAGCCGGAAAAACCUUCAUUGCAUCCGGCUUACACUAUAACCAAUAUCAACAACAAAAUCCGCACUUUAGACGGCAAAAAGGUAACAUAUUCGUCAUGGGUCAAGCUGUUCAAACUUCAUGCUCGAGCUUACAAGGUUCUGCACCACAUCGACGGCACCGCUCCGCCGGAAGAAUCCGACCCAUCGUUUGCAACCUGGUCCGAGAUUGACGCACUCAUUCUCCAAUGGAUUUACAGUACCCUUUCUGAUGACAUCUUGGCUCGUGUUCUCUCAUCCGAUCUCACCACCCGAGCCGCUUGGCUUAAAAUACAUGAGAUCUUUGUCAAUAACAAACAAGCACGUCCUGUCACCCUUGAAACCAAAUUUACCAACACCACCCUUACUUCUUGUGCUUCCUUUGAUGACUACUGCCAAACCUUAAAGGAUAUUGCUGAACAAUUACGUGAUGUCGAUCAACCGGUGUCCGACACUCGUCUUGUCAUCCAAAUGGUACGUGGUCUUCCUAUUGAAUAUGACACUAUUGCUGCGAUCAUUAAUGAAAAGAAACCUACUUGGGAAGUUGCACGUGGCAUGAUUGAAGACGAGCAAAGUCGUAUUGCAGCUAGGUCGAACAACAACCGAGACACGGUUCUUCUACAUUCUACUAAUCAACCUUCAUCCGAUGAAAACAAGUCUCCAUAUCCCAAUGGCUAUCGUGGUAAAAAUUAUGACCCGACAAAGGCGGCUCGUGGCCGUGGAGCUCACACUCGCGGUGGUCGAAACGGUGGCACAAACAGGAAUAACUCUUCACAAUCUGGUCGUGGAUCCGGGCAUUGGGGUACGUCGUCCAACUCUCCAUUGAACACACAUAACUAUUAUCAUUCUGGUACACCUCCUGCACCACCACAACAGUCGUGGUUUGCCCAUACUCAACAUUAUAAUCAACCUAACUGGACACCACCACCCACCCCCUACCCAUCCCAACCAGCCCCGUACCACCCACAACCCAACACCAACCAGCAUCCGUCUCCUCAUCAGGCCCAUCUAGCCCAUCAGCCCCCGCCCGGUUUCUCUCAGCAACCCGGUAAUGCGUUAUGCCCUUCGGAUAUUGGCGUUGCUCUCUCCAACAUGACACUAAACUAUUCGGAUCCGCGCUGGAACAUGGACACCGGGGCCUCGUCUCACAUCACCUCGGAUCAAGGACCUCAAGGAUGGAUGCCUCCUUUCCCGCCACAAUAGCACCGGAGACCUCUACCCGUUCACAAAGCCGGAGUUCAGUUUGCUCGCAUCCACUGCGCAUCAACCUUGGCAUGCUCGUCUCGGUCAUCCCGGAACGAACGUGCUUCAACAUCUUCAAAGAACUUCUAGUAUUUUAUGUAAUAAAGUUGUUGACUUGUCUAUGUGUCAUUCAUGUCAAGUGUCAAACAGUAAACGUUUACCUUUUGUUGAUUCUGUUUCUCGUACGUUUAAACCGUUUGAUAUCAUUCACUGCGAUUUGUGGACGUCA